AUGGAAAGCGGAAAGAAGGGCACUUCAGGAGGAAGCAACAACAAUCAGGCUGCAGGUUCUGGAAAGCCCGCUGGCUCUUCUUCUUCUUCUUUUUCUUAUUCUUCAGCAACUGGGUCUGGAAUCAUGAAAGCCCCCGGAGCUGACCAUCAAAUCCCGAGGGCCGACUUUGAGAAGAACCCUGCUGCCUACUUCCAGAAUCUGCACAAGAAGUAG